AUUAACUCUUAAGUCAACACACAGUGGCGCUCUGUGCAUGUGACCUGAAGAUGAAUCCGAGUUCUUAAGCAACCUUUUUGUCAACUUGCUUGCAUGCAAAUACAAUCCACGUCUUAUAUCCUGAGCAAAGGCUGCAAUUAAACUCCUGAAAGACGUGCGGCCCUGCCAAGACUGAAGCCCCCCCCUUCCUCCUCCCCGAUCUUUCCAACACACGUACAAACACGCAGUGGACCAAAUGUGCAAGCAAAGGAACUCUUACCUCUCCGGGAAUUGAGUAACUGUUUGUGGAAGUUUAAAAAAAAAAAAAAAGGCCAGCCAAUGAUGACAAUUGAGCAAGAGCAAGUUUAAAUACUGGCUUGGGCGUUGGGGGAUAGGAGAGAAUAAAAUCAUAGUAGCGGAACAAUUUGGAUUUUUCUUUUCAUAUAUAAUCUGAAUAGAUUAGAUUAAAAGCAGUUAAAAUGUUGGAAUGUAAUUUGAGCAGAUUAAAAACACGCCGUGCUGUCAUGACAUUCUAAAGAUAAGAUGUGGCGUCCCUCAAGGUUCUAAACACGAGCCCAUGAUAUUGCAUUAGCCUUCGUAUGGAUUACAGAAAAAUAAAAAAAACACGCAGCUAUCUAGCAAAACGUCAGAUAAAUCCCAAUGAAUGAUUACCACUCAUAUUUGACCUCGAGUCAAAACACAGAUAAAUGAAUCUGUUGACCUUCGGCCCUUUGAGACCACAAUGGAAAGGAAGCCGCUUUUUUGGUUUUCCUUUUAUCAUGACAAAGUCAGCAAGGAUUUUCAUAUCAAUACGAAUCCAGAAACCGAGUCAAGCAGGUUUUGGUUAGUUGGUUGGAGUGGAUCAUCCAUUAUGGGUUGGUCAGCUGAUUGUGGUGAGAGGUUAGUUGCUUCUUAUUUACUUAUAUGCAGAUCAAUUUGAAGUAUAAAAAACGAUAUAAGUGAGACUAAAAAGUGCCCAAACCAUUCCAGAGGUUCUACAUUUAGUGGGGUUCUCCUUGUACUUAUUCUUAACGUCCGCUAGAGGGCAGUGUGCACUUGAGCAUCCAUCACAUAGACUCUGAAUGUUGCAUGCCCACCCCUUGUUCCUCCUCAUAGUGGGAGUUGGGGGCGGCUUCAAGACUUUUAGACUUGGAGACAUGAGUGGAAGUUUCUUUUUUUUUUUUUUUCAUUCCUCCUUGCACUCGGCUCUGGGAAGACUCGGCCGAGUGCACGCAUGCAGGAUGGACUUGAUUCCGAUGUGCCUUUGGGUCAUUCUGGGAAUAACCGGAGUCCAUGGUUCAAACGUGUGCACCUCGAGAGGCGCGAGCACGUGUAAGCAGUGCCUGGCCGUGCACCCCAGCUGUGCAUGGUGCGUCCAAGAGGAAUUCGGUCACGGGGAGGCCAGCUCGUCCCGCUGCGACCGCAAAGCCAACCUGGUGGCCGCAGGCUGCGCGACUUCGGCCGUGGAGUCUCCGAACAGCAGAUUGCAAGUGAUCGAGGACCGGCCUCUAACCAAGAAGGCGGCGGGAGCCACGCAGGAUGUGACUCAGAUCAAACCGCAGAGACUCCAUAUUACCCUCAGGCCUGAUGACGCCAAGCGCUUCACGGUGAAGGUGCGUCAGGUUGAAGACUACCCCGUGGACCUCUACUACCUCAUGGACCUCUCCUACUCCAUGAACGACGACCUCUACCGCCUGAGGACGCUUGGCAAGGGCCUGGCCGAGGCCAUGAACCGCACCACCAGCAACCUCCGCAUGGGCUUCGGCGCCUUUGUGGACAAGCCCAUCUCCCCUUACAUGUACAUCUCCCCCAAGGAGGCCGUCAAGAACCCUUGUUACAGCAUCAACACCACCUGCCGGCCCCAGUUCGGCUACAAGCACGUGCUGUCCUUGACGGGUAAAGUGAGCCGCUUCACCGAAGAAGUCAGGAAGCAGAUGGUUUCCAGGAACAGGGACGCUCCCGAGGGAGGCUUCGACGCCAUCCUCCAAGCGGCCGUCUGCAAGGAACAGAUCGGCUGGCGUCCCGGCGCGUCCCACCUCCUCAUCUUCACUUCGGACGCCAAGACUCACGUGGCGCUGGACGGCCGCCUGGCCGGGAUCGUGCAGCCCAACGACGGGCGCUGCCACCUCAACUCGGCCAACAUGUACAGCAUGUCGACUGUCAUGGACUACCCGUCCCUCGCUCUCAUCACCGAGAAGAUGUCGGAGAACAAUAUCAACCUCAUCUUUGCCGUCACCAACCCCGUGGUCUCUUUGUACCAGAACUACAGCGAGCUGAUCGCCGGCACCACAGUGGGAACGCUCUCCAACGACUCUGGCAACGUUAUCCAGCUUAUUUUGAAGGCUUACGCUAAAAUUCGCUCCAAGAUAGAGCUGGAGGUUCUGGGCGUCCCGGAGGAGCUGUCCCUGUCCUUCAACGCCACGUGUUUGAAUGGAGAAGUCAUCCCGGGGCUUAAGUCCUGCUCCGGACUCAAGAUAGGAGACACGGUGUCUUUCAGCGUGGAGGCCCGAGCGCGAGCGUGUCCCAAACAGAAAAAGAAGAAGACCUUCAUCAUCAAACCGGUCGGCUUCAAGGACUCGCUGUCGGUCAGCGUCACCAUCGAAUGCGACUGCAAGUGUCAGAACAAGGCUCAGGCGCGCAGCCCCAAGUGUCACCACGGCAACGGCACCUUCCAGUGCGGCAUCUGCGCCUGCCACCCGGGGCGCCUGGGCCCGCGGUGCGAGUGCGCCGAGGGCGACUACGACCCGGCCGAGCAGGGCCGCUGCACCGAGUCGGGCGCGUCGGGCGUCUGCAGCGGGCGCGGCGACUGCGUGUGCGGCCAGUGCGUUUGCCACAGCAGCGACUUUGGCAAAGUGUGGGGGAAGCUGUGCGAGUGCGAUGACUUCAACUGCCUGCGCUACAAAGGAGAACUCUGCUCUGGCCACGGCGUUUGCAACUGCGGCUUCUGCCAGUGCGCCCCCGACUGGCGGGGGGAGAACUGCAACUGCUCCACCCGGACCGAUACCUGCAUGUCGCACCUGGGAUUGCUGUGCAGUGGGCGGGGCCAGUGCGUAUGCGGCGCCUGCGAGUGCACCCAACCCGGCGCCUACGGGGCCACCUGCGACAAGUGUCCCACCUGUCCUGACGCGUGCACCAUGAAAAAGCAAUGUGUGGAGUGUAAACAUUUCAAAAGAGGCAAGCUGUUCCAGGACAACACCUGCGCUCGCAUUUGUAAGGACGAGAUUGAGCUCAUGGAGGAAUUAGUGCUUCAUGAUACAAACGCGGUGAACUGCACCUACAAGGACGAGAACGACUGUGUGCAGCAGUUCCAGUACUACGAGGACGCCAGCGGAAAGUCCAUCUUGUUUGUCGUCAAGGAGCCAGACUGUCCCGAGGGCCCGGACGUUUUGGUGGUGCUGCUCUCGGUGGCGGGGGCCAUCUUGUUCCUAGGCUUGGCGGCGCUGCUCAUCUGGAAGCUGCUGAUUACCAUUCACGACAGGCGAGAGUUUGCCAAAUUUGAGGAGGAGCGUGCACGGGCCAAGUGGGAGACGGGUCACAAUCCUCUUUAUAAAGGGGCUACAUCCACUUUCACCAACAUCACAUACAGAGGGAAAGACUGAAGCCAGCUGGGAACAUCUCAAGGUUGAACCAAACUUGGGAAGGUACAGAAUCAUGUGCAGGUCUCUACUGUCACAAAGCAAUCAAUCGUAAGACUGAUUGUUAUUUUGUAAAUAUGUACAAAUGACUGUGUGGCUUUGGAUUUGUCACAAAAUAAAUGCUGAGUGUUCAUUUGA